GUUACUCCCUGUAUCUUUUGCUUGGGUCAAAACUUUUGAGGUGGGCUGGCUAGAUAGCAGCGGGAGAGAGGGUAAACUAGGGCUCGGGUUGGAGGAGCUUCAGCACCUCGGUCAGCGCCCACUGCAGCCCAACCCACCCCCUUGAGCUCGCGCGGACUCCCUGCUCUGAGAAUGCCUGCGGAAUGAUCGCCCCCCAGGGCGGCUGCCGCUGCUGCCGCUACUGCUACCGCUGCUACUGCUCCCGCUGCUGCUGCUCUUGCUCCUGCUCCAGCCACCGCCUCUGUCUCUACUCUGUUCUGACUGGCAGGCAGAGAGUGCAACUGACGAGGGAAAGGUCUCUGCAGUGAGAGUGGAGUGGCUACAGAAAAGAGAGUAAAGAGAGGGCAAAAACCCAGAUCAGAAUGCAGGCGACGUCCAACCUACUCAAUCUCCUGCUGCUGUCUUUGCUUGCUGGAUUAGACCCUUCCAAGACUCAGAUUAGUCCCAAAGAAGGGUGGCAAGUGUACAGCUCAGCCCAGGAUCCUGAUGGACGGUGCAUAUGCACAGUGGUUGCUCCAGAACAAAACUUGUGUUCCCGGGAUGCCAAAAGCAGGCAGCUCCGCCAGCUUCUGGAAAAGGUUCAGAACAUGUCCCAGUCUAUUGAAGUCUUAAACUUGAGAACUCAGAGAGAUUUCCAAUAUGUUCUAAAAAUGGAAACCCAAAUGAAAGGGCUGAAGGCCAAGUUUCGGCAGAUUGAAGAUGAUCGGAAGACACUAAUGACCAAGCAUUUUCAAGAGUUGAAAGAGAAGAUGGAUGACCUCCUGCCCUUGAUCCCGGUGCUGGAACAAUACAAAACAGACGCCAAGUUAAUCACCCAGUUCAAAGAGGAGAUCCGGAAUCUGUCUGCCGUCCUCACUGGGAUUCAGGAGGAAAUCGGUGCCUAUGACUAUGAGGAACUGCAUCAAAGGGUUCUCAGCCUGGAGACCAGGCUUCGUGACUGCAUGAAAAAGCUGACAUGUGGCAAAUUGAUGAAAAUCACAGGCCCAAUUACAGUCAAGACAUCUGGAACCCGAUUUGGCGCUUGGAUGACAGACCCUUUAGCAUCUGAAAAAAAUAAUAGAGUCUGGUACAUGGACAGUUAUACCAACAAUAAAAUUGUUCGUGAGUACAAAUCAAUGGCAGACUUCAUCAGUGGGGCUGAAUCACGGACAUACAACCUCCCUUUCAAAUGGGCAGGAACCAACCAUGUUGUCUACAAUGGCUCACUCUAUUUUAACAAGUAUCAGAGUAACAUCAUCAUCAAAUACAGCUUUGAUAUGGGGCGAGUGCUUGCCCAACGAAGCCUUGAGUAUGCUGGAUUUCACAACGUUUACCCCUACACAUGGGGUGGCUUCUCGGACAUCGACCUAAUGGCUGAUGAAAUCGGGCUGUGGGCUGUGUAUGCAACGAACCAAAAUGCCGGCAAUAUAGUCAUCAGCCAACUUAACCAAGACACCUUGGAGGUGAUGAAGAGCUGGAGCACUGGUUACCCCAAGAGAAGUGCAGGGGAAUCUUUCAUGAUUUGUGGGACACUGUAUGUCACCAAUUCCCACUUAACAGGAGCCAAGGUGUAUUAUUCAUAUUCCACCAAAACCUCCACAUAUGAGUACACGGACAUUCCCUUUCAUAACCAAUACUUUCACAUAUCCAUGCUUGACUACAACGCAAGAGAUAGAGCUCUUUAUGCCUGGAACAAUGGUCACCAGGUCCUAUUCAAUGUCACCCUUUUCCACAUCAUUAAGACUGAGGAUGACACAUAAGCAAAUGUAAUUUGUUUUCAUUGAUUGAAACCGUGUCAUUUGUGAUAAACUCUAUAGAACCCCCUUCUGUUUUCCCUUUAUUGUAACUUCUCAUCAUUUCUCCAAAGCAUUUUUUUUUUAUUAUUUUAAAGUUGGUUUGUCAAAAAUCAGCCGAGCCUGUCUAAAUUGACCUGUUGGAAACACAUCUUAACUCCUAAAUUUACGGGGCCUAUCAUGUCCUUGUCGUGAAAAGCACUAAAAAGAGCUUAAGUGUCUAAAGUUAUAGUUUUGCAAAAGGUUAAUGAUCUGCCUUAUAUUAGAGUCAGAGACUAAUGAUGGCUUAAAUGCAUGAAUGUCUUUUUUUUUUUAAUUCUGUCAUUUUUUACUGUCUUUUGCUCUACAUCAGGAAAUAUUUUGGUAGGAAUUAGGGGAAAAAAAAGCACUUUCCUCCCAUUUAUUUCUAAAAAAGAUUUAAGGAUUUUAUUUAUAGGGAAAAUAUAUUACUCAUUUUGCUGUUAUAGAAUUCUCUGAUGCGGUGCUGUACAGUCAUUUUUAAAUCUCUUGCUAACAUUUUAUUGGCAAUAUGUAUUUCUACCAUUGUAACCACCAUUGUGCAAUUGUAUCUCUUCACUUCUGUGAAAGUAAGUAAUAUUUUUUAUAAAAUACACUGAAGUUUAAUCUCAGUAAUUCUUAUGGGCCAAUUUUCAAGUGUGGUCAGGAGAAAAUAUCUUCUCGGCUUACCCCUUUAUUUAAAUUUAUAAUCAGGAAGAAAAAUCAAACUAAAUCCCUUACAUAGAAUAUUUCUUUUACCCCAAAUUUAUUGGAUCACUAACACUGAAUGCUAAAACUAACUACAGAUGAGUUAUUCUAUUCACUUCACUGAAAGCAACCCACAUUGUUGCUUGCAAAGAUGCAACUGAGUCAGAAAAUUUUGGAUUUGAGUUGACUUUACUCAUUUAUUAUACAACCAACCAAAUUUUGUUCUUCAUAAAUAAGUCUAUUAGUGUUUUAACUUAAAUUUUACACACAACUUGCAAUAAUGUAAUUACUUGUGUCAGGACUCUGAAAGUACAUGAAGCACAUAUAGAAACUCUUAAAAAGAAAAUUUCUGUGAGGUCAUCUAGAUUUACAUUAUGAACCCUGGAGAGUUACUGGCAAUGUGAGUGCAAAAGAAAAUGAUGGGUAGACUUGGGAGCUGUCUGUGCGGUUUAAAUGUGCAAAAAACCAAUUCAGAAAACAAGAUGGGAGGGCAACCCCUUGUUACCCUGAUUCAUAAUGUGUGCAGAAAUAAUGUAACCAAAAAAGAAAGUUUUAAUAACAUUUUAUGUUAAUAAUCUCAAAAACAUAUAAUCGAUAUUUAUCAAACAUGUCAUUGAGUUUGGAUGUCCUUUCCAUAUGUUAAAAAUACUUACCUAAGGCAGUUUUACAGAAACUAGAGUGUGGGUUGGUUUUACAAUUUAAAAAGUAUAUUCUAUAACAAAUAAUGUAUAACUUAAAUUGUGGUAAAUGUUUAGUUUCACACAUACAUAAUAAUAAUUUCCUUUGUAAAGUAAGGAUAUAGUAAUUCAGAUAGAGCAUUGUGUAAAGAAAUGCUAACACUUAAGUAAUUCAUUUCAAAUGUCACAAGUAAAACAUAAUUCUCAAGUAUCUCACUGUCAAAGUCAUAGAAUUAAAUAACUCAAUCUUGAGAUUGUUCAAGUUUAACAACGGUUUCUUUACUUUUUGUCUACAAAAAGUUAGCAUGACUUAGUGACCACUCUGGGUCCUUUUGCAAUGUUGUCUUCUCUUUUAAAAUGUUUAUAUAAGUUCUCCUCUGCUUUUGAGAGUUAGAAAAUUUAGGGGAUUCACUUGUCAUUGUACACACACCACAAAAAUAAUCAGCCAAUACUUUGUAUAUCAAGAGUUUGUAUGAAGAAAGAAAGCCAAUUUAAAAAAUGAAUGAAUUUUUAAGUAGAUGGCCUCUGAUGGAUAUCUGGGUCUUCAUUACUUGUUUUUUAAAAAAAUGAUGUAAUAUAGUAUCACAUACAUUCAAAACCUGGAUGAUCACAGCUUUUUUGUGAGAUGUGCAGCUUGUAAAGCACUUUAUUGUUUUCUAUGUAAGGUAUCAUCACCACAUCCAAUUUCUAGUGUAUGUGCUGCUAGGGCACGCACAGAUUUUAUUAUUGUCAUAGAAGUGGGGGUAACAUGAAUUUAAAAAUGUGAUUUGCAUUAAACAUUUACAGUUUAAAAGCAUUCUUCUUAAUAAAUUAUUAUCAGUUUUGUGCCUGAAAUAAGAACUUACUCUAAUCACUGUUUUUUUUUUUUAACUCUCAAACAAAUUUUAUGAGGGUAAUAACUUACUACUUUAAAAUCAUUUACAUAAUCCUAUCAGUAAAGAAAUCCAAGCUUAAUCCUAAAUGAACUGUGCAACUGGUAUUUUCUGAAUUAACCAGAUCGUUAACAAACUUCUAUGUCAUUCAAAUAAUAACAUGAUCAUGGUCUGAUUGUGUUUGUGUGACCUUUUUAUUUGUGGCCCUUGAAUCACAAUACUUACUAUCUACACAUAUAUCUAUUAGUUCAUAAAAUUAUAGUGUUUCAGUGCAUUACCAGUAUGUAGGGUAAAAGAGAAUAUAAUGAUAUGCCUAAAUAUAACAUUACAAGUAAUUAGAUAAAAUUUACCAUAAAUUCAGAAUCUCUGGUUUUUAUCACUGUACUCAGAGUCAUUUCAUCUUUAUAAUCCAUAUGACUCCUUCUAAUGAAAUCUUUUCUUCAGAAACAAUUUAAUCCUAAUAAGAAAAUGGUCUUUCAAAUCACUACCAAACUUACAAGUAUAAAUUUUUCACCCAGAAGAAUUAUUUUUUAAAUAUAACUAUACAAAACUGUUCUUCUGUUCUCCUAAAAGUAAGUUAUUUUCCUACUAAGGUAAGUUUUGCAUAUAAUAGUCCUUUAGCUUUAUUCUCCUUAAAGAGUAUAUUUCCAAAAA